UUUCAAUGUGCAAACAAAGCCAAUGCAUUGCUUGUCCGUUUGCCAGAAUGGUUCGUCUGAAUACAAGACCACCUCCGCCUCUGCUCCUGCUGGCGGGGACGCUGCUGUCAUGCUCGCUGCAGUUGGCUCGUGCCAUUGUCUGCUACCAUUGCGACUCGAUUGCCCUGCCCGAGUGCGCCCAGACCCUGGGUGAGGUCGGGGUCUUGCCGUUUGAGGAAUGCACCAGCCAGCUGUCGUGUGCCAUGUCCAUUGUCGAUUCCAUCACGUAUCGCGGUUGUGGUGCGGAUACGCCCACCACGGGUGCCGCCUACACAAAGAGCUGCUCCUCGAACCUCUGCAAUGGCGGUGUCUAUCCGCCUGGGCGCCUCAAGUGCCAUCAUUGCGAGGGGGUGGAUUGUGUGGUAGCGCCUGCUGCCAAGCCAAAGCCAUGCCGCUACCAUCACGAGGAGGAUCAGUGCUACACCGAGGUACAGAGUGCCACCGAGGCGUAUCGCGGCUGUGUCUCGGAGGGCAAUCACACCGUCUCGAGUGCGGCCAAGCUGUGCGAGUACAACGGCUGCAACGAUGAGCAGGGAGCCUGGACACAGACCUGUGCCAGCUGUGAUUCCAGCAACGGACGUGGCUGCAAGAUGGAUCUCUUUCAGGUGUACAGCGGCCAUUGCAAUGUGACUCUGUACGCGGAGUGCCAGCAGGCUGUGCUGCUGGGCGAGGAGGAGGACAAGUUCUGCUUCAGCUAUCGAAAGUUGAGUCGCGUCAUCAGAGGCUGUUCCACCGCACUGCCAGCGGAGCUUGAGCCACUCACAGAUGAGCUGGACAAGUGCCGAACGGGUGACAAGUGCAAUGCUGGGUGCAUUCCCCAGCAGCGUUGCUUCACCUGCAACUCCGUGGAUCAGGCUGCGUGCCGCAGCAAUAUUACAGCGGUAACCAACAGCACGUGUGGCUCGGCGGAGGCCUCCUCGUGCUUCGCCUGCGAGUACUCCGACUGGAAUAUACGCAGGGGCUGCGGCGCACCACCCACUGAUGCGGGCAUCCUCAAUUGCUAUGAAUGCGACGCGCAGGGCGGCUGCAACAGUCGCGACUUUACCCGCUGCUAUCGCUGCAGCUCGGACCAGGCGGGUGCGGCCUGCGCCAACUGGGAGCGACCCGGUGGCAUAUACAUUGAGGAAUGUGCCCAACCGGGUGCCCCGUGUCUCGUUCUAACCCACAGCAAUGGCACCACCGAAAGGGGCUGCCAGCGCGAGGAUUUCAGCUGCACUUCUACGAACAGUUCGGCCUGCAAGAGCUGCGAUGGCAGCUUCUGCAACAAGGGAGCCUUUCCGGAGGCGCGUCUCUGGUGCCAUCAGUGCACAGGACAGCAUGCGGACUGUGCGCAAAUCUCGCGUGGAUCCAAUGCAAUUCCAUGUCCGGUGCAGCUCAACGAACCGGCAGAGCAGGCGGAAGCCUGUCUGGAAUACUACGACACACACAGGCAGUUGGUGGUGCGUGGCUGUCGCUCCAAUACCCAGAUGUACUACGAGUGCCUGCUGCGAAGUGGCCGCCAAGACGGUUGCCGCCUGUGCCACAGUCAUGCGUGCAAUUCAAGCCCUGGGGAGGAACUCCAUGUGGACUCUGAACUGGAAAGUAGAGCCCUGGAGCUCAUCCUGGCCAAAAGUUCGACGUCGUUUACUGCAACUCCCACUUCAGUGGUUUGUGUAAUUUGGUCAUUGUUUAGCAUAAUUUAUAUUGUAACUGCACGAAACUAAACUAAUAAAGAGCCCGCCUGGCAGCGUUUCCAUGACAUUCCAAGCUGCGGCUGCUC